AUGAAUAUUCUUUUAGUAUUUAUUGUAUUACUUUCAAUAUCUGCAAAUGCUCAACAAUGCGCUUCUUAUGCGGAGGGAGUUGCAGGCUCUUGCAUUUGUAUCCAAGGAUAUUUUGGUACUAAUGCUGAAAACGAUGGAGCUUGUAAUUUAUGCCCAAUAGGAAGCUACACAGCUCCUCCAUCAUUUGAUGUUGGAGGAAAUACAAAUUCUAAAGCUGAUUUAAGUGUAUGCAAUAUAUGCUAUAAUGGUUAUUAUAUGAUUGCAGCAGCUACUCCGGCUUAAGAUAAUAUGCCUGCUAUUUCUGCAUUAUGUAACAUUUGUCCUCCAGGAACUGGAAACAACGGAGUUAGUACUGUUGGAGAUAUUUCAUAAUGUAAUAUUUGCUUAGAUAAUUAUUAUCAAAUUGCUAAUGCAAUUCCUGCCUCUUAAACAGUAGUUGCCGCAGCUGUAAGCUGCAAAGCUUGCCCUAAAGGUACUAUUUCUCCAAUAAAUUCUUAAUCUUCUAACUCUUGUAAAUAAAAUCCUACAACUGGCUCAAAAAUAUUAUUUGCCUCUCUAACUAUUUUAAUUUUUUUAAUUCUUGCUUGA